AUGGCCACUCACAGUGUGCUACUGCUCAGUGGCACGGCUACAAUUACGACCCUAUCGCUUAUCGCUGUCUACCGAAGCCAAGAUGAUGCUUCCGUCUCCAUCAGCAGGACGUCAUGGCAAGGCAUCACAAUAUGGGCAGUGAGAAGCAUUACACUUCAUACGCUAGCACUACUAUCCUUAUCAUACUCAGCAUCAACAAAACAGAGCAUUCUGGCGAAGAAAGACCCCUCAGCCCAUGACCUACGCAAGAUGGACAAGCUCUCAUCUACCAGCAUCUUCAACACCAUGAGAGUCAUUGGGACAAUUGCUAGCUUACAUCUUCUGGCGAUACCAUUACUCUACCCAAACGAUGGACCUCUGCAACAAGUCUCGCUCAGAGUAGCUUGCUUCUUCUUCGCGUGCAAACUUUUGGAUCUCACUUUGGCACGAGCGCAUAAGCCACCAACCAGGCUGAAGAAUGGAAAGGCAAUACACAUCCAGACCGCAGCAGAGCGCCUGUCAUACUGCUGGCUCCUUCUCUCCCAGUGUCGGUACCAUUCCUUCGACAUCGCAGUGGUUGAGAAGAACCGCACGGGACCCGCUAAGAAGUCCAUCCAAUACGGCAUUCCACUUGUCAUCGUAGUGAUGACGUUCCUCUUCCCGAUCGCGGAAGUCUUGAUCCUCUUCGCUUUGGUCGCGAUCCAGUUCGGGCUGGAAGGAUGCCACCUGAUACUGGACCCGCACUUUACUCAUCCACUAUUCUGGCAACCUUUCGCAGCACCCUCCAUCUCGGAGUUCUGGAGUACGCAUUGGCACCAGGGUGCUAGGCCCCUCUUGUAUUCGUUAGGAUAUAUGCCAGCGAACGCAAUCUGCGGGCGACUUUUUGGGAAGAAAGCAGGCAGGAUCGCGGGCGUGCUGGCUACGUUCAGUCUUAGUGGGAUAUGGCAUGGAUGGUGUGCUGCUGCUCUGUCGAAGAAUCCCUGGAGAACUGCGCUAGGGCUUUGGGCGAUGUUUGUGGCUCACGGUGUGCUGUGUAUACUGGAACGAGUGAUUUGGGGGAAGCAGCAGGGUAGUAUCGUGCAGAGGGUCACGAUAUGGGGUAUUGCUUUGCUGCUUGCUGGGGCGUGGUUGAGGGACUCGCUGGUGAGGUCCAGGUUGGAGUGGCCUGUGUCAUAG